AACCAGCGAACGAACAGGGCGAAGGCAGGAGCCGAGCGGCCUGAGCGAGCGAGCGAAGCCCGGCGGGGGCGACGCGACGCGGCUGAGCACGCGCCGCUCAGCUCGCUGUCCACACUCGGGGCCGCGCGCGCCGCGCCAGGACGCUGCUGCCACUGGAGGUGCCGGACAGAAAGUAACCCUGACUGCUUCCUUGAGCCUGGGUCAUUUGUCCACCUCAGCCCCUGGAAUCUCCUGGAACCCCUAGGUGAGGCUCUGCAUUGCUGCAGCCAUGGGGUCCGAGGACCACAGCGCUCAGAACCCCAGCUGCAAAAUCAUGACCUUCCGCCCCACCAUGGAUGAGUUCAGGGACUUCAACAGAUACGUGGCCUACAUCGAGUCACAAGGUGCUCACCGCGCGGGCCUAGCCAAGAUCAUCCCGCCCAAGGAGUGGAAGCCACGGCAGACGUAUGACGACAUUGAUGAUGUGGUCAUCCCAGCACCCAUACAGCAGGUGGUGACGGGCCAGUCGGGGCUUUUCACACAGUAUAACAUCCAGAAGAAGGCCAUGACCGUGGGCGAGUACCGCCGCCUGGCCAACAGUGAGAAGUACUGCACCCCACGCCAUCAGGACUUUGACGACCUGGAACGAAAGUACUGGAAGAACCUGACCUUCGUCUCGCCCAUCUACGGGGCGGACAUCAGUGGCUCCCUGUAUGAUGAAGACGUGGCCCAGUGGAACAUCGGCAACCUGAGGACCAUCCUGGACAUGGUGGAGCGCGAGUGCGGCACCAUCAUCGAGGGCGUGAACACGCCCUACCUGUACUUCGGCAUGUGGAAGACCACCUUCGCCUGGCACACGGAGGACAUGGACCUGUACAGCAUCAACUACCUGCACUUUGGCGAGCCCAAGUCCUGGUACGCCAUCCCACCGGAACACGGCAAGCGCCUGGAGCGCCUGGCCAUAGGCUUCUUCCCUGGGAGCUCGCAGGGCUGCGAUGCUUUCCUGAGGCACAAGAUGACACUCAUCUCGCCCAUCAUCCUGAAGAAGUAUGGUAUCCCCUUCAGCCGGAUCACACAGGAAGCCGGGGAGUUCAUGAUCACAUUCCCCUAUGGCUACCAUGCGGGCUUCAACCAUGGCUUCAACUGCGCUGAGUCCACCAACUUUGCCACGCUACGCUGGAUCGACUAUGGCAAAGUGGCCACACAGUGCACAUGUCGCAAGGACAUGGUCAAGAUCUCCAUGGACGUGUUUGUGCGCAUCCUGCAACCCGAGCGCUAUGAGCAGUGGAAGCAGGGCCGCGACCUCACUGUGCUGGACCACACUCGACCCACGGCCCUGAGCAGCCCCGAGCUGAGCUCCUGGAGCGCCUCCCGGGCCUCACUGAAGGCCAAGCUCUUGCGCAGACAAAUUAGUGUGAAGGAGAGCAGACCCUGGAGAAAGGCUGAGGAGGACAGGAGGCGGGAGCCCAGCAGGAGGCCAGGGCCCGCGUCGCACCGGAGGCGGAGCCAGCCUAAGAAGUCCAAGCCUGAAGACUCCAAGUCUCCUGGGGAGGCGGCCGUCAGAGUGGCUGGUCUGGACGAGGCUGGGGGCUGUUCCCGGGAGGAUGCCACACCUGAGGACGAGGAGGAGGAGGAGGAGCUGUCGCCCUCACAGGGCCACGAGGCUGAGGGCGUGGAAGAGGAUGGCAGAGGCAAACCACGGCCAACCAAGGCCCGGAGCAAGAAGAAGGCCCCCAGCCCCCUGUCACCUCCGUUGCCGCCCACCUUGCCAGCUCUGUUACCAACAGAGGAGGUCCUGAGGCCGCCACCCCCACCCAAGUCUCCGGUGCCAGCCAUGGGCCCCGUGGCUGCAGAGGGGGGUCCCCCACCAGCACCCCUCAAUGUGGUGCCUCCUGGGGCACCAGGUGAGGAAGCAGAGGUGCGGCCGCGGCCCAUCAUCCCGAUGCUAUAUGUGCUUCCCCGCACCAACACCGCUGAGGGGGACAGGGAGCGCACGACCCACCCGCAGCUGGCAUCCAUGGAGCUGGGACUGCAAGAGGAAGGCCAGGCCCGAGCCGGGGAUGCACAGGCACCAUCCUCCUUCUCUAAGCUGAAGGUGGAAAUCAAAAAAAGCCGGCGUCACCCCUUGGGUCGGCCACCCACACGGUCCCCGCUGUCUGUGGUCAAACAGGAGGCUUCGAGCGACGAAGAAGCCUUCCCGUUCUCAGGAGAGGACGAUGUGAGUGACCCCGAGGCCUUGAAGUCCCUGCUGUCACUGCAGUGGAAGAACAAGGCCGCCAGCUUCCAGGCUGAGAGGAAGUUCAAUGCCGCAGCUGCCCUCAACGAGCCCUACUGCGCCAUCUGUGUUCUCUUCUACCCCUACAGCCAGUCAGUACAGACAGAGCGAGAGGUCCCGGCCACUCCGGGGGACCUUGCUGUCCAGCCACCCUCCAAAAGUGGCCAGAGAACACGGCCGCUGGUCCCUGAGAUGUGCUUUACUUCGAGUGGGGAGAACACAGAGCCGCUGCCAGCCAACUCCUACGUCGGCGAGGAUGGAACCAGCCCACUCAUUUCCUGUGCCCACUGCUGCCUGCAGGUCCAUGCCAGUUGCUAUGGUGUCCGGCCUGAGCUGGCCAAGGAGGGCUGGACAUGCUCCCGGUGUGCGGCCCAUGCCUGGACUGCGGAAUGCUGUUUGUGCAACCUCCGGGGAGGAGCACUGCAGACCACCACAGAGCACAGGUGGAUUCAUGUGAUCUGCGCCAUUGCAGUCCCCGAGGUACGGUUCCUCAAUGUGAUUGAGCGCAACCCCGUGGACGUCAGUGCCAUCCCCGAGCAGCGGUGGAAGCUGAAGUGCGUGUACUGCCGCAAGCGCAUGAAGAAGGUGUCUGGCGCCUGCAUCCAGUGCUCCUACGAGCGCUGCUCCACGUCCUUCCACGUGACCUGCGCACACGCCGCCGGCGUCCUCAUGGAGCCCGACGACUGGCCCUACGUGGUGUCCAUCACCUGCCUCAAGCACAGAGCAGGUGGCGCUGGGGGUCAGCUCCUGCGGACUGUGUCUCUGGGCCAGGUUGUCAUCACCAAGAAUCGCAACGGGCUGUAUUAUCGCUGCCGUGUCAUAGGCACCACCGCCCAGACCUUCUACGAGGUCAACUUCGAUGAUGGCUCCUACAGCGACAACGUGUACCCAGAAAGCAUCACGAGCAGAGAUUGCUUGCGGCUAGGGCCGCCUCCCGAGGGCGAGCUGGUGGAGCUGCGGUGGACAGACGGCAACCUGUACAGAGCCAGGUUCAUCUCCUCGGCCACCAGCCUCAUCUACCAGGUAGAGUUUGAGGACGGGUCUCAGCUGACAGUGAAGCGUGGGGACAUCUUCACCCUGGAAGAGGAGCUGCCCAAGAGGGUGCGGUCCCGGCUGUCACUGAGCACUGGGACACCACAGGAGCCUGGCUUCUCUGGAGAGGAUGUGAAGGCGGCCAAGCGCCCUCGGGUGGCCACCAUGCCGGCCAGCACCACCGAGGACACAAGGCACAGCCCGGAAUACCUGGCCUUCGUGGAGAGCCUGCUGCAGGCGCAGGGCCGAGCUGGGGCACCCUUCUAGAUGCUGCCUGCUCCUGUCUCCACUGCGGGACCUACCUGGGUGACAGGACCAGCAGCAUCCAACAUGGCCGGACUCAGGGAGAGGGCCAGUGUCCCUGGACUGCAGUGAUUGCGUGGGACCCGGCCUGGCUGUGCUUUUCUCCUAAAGGUGCUACGGGGCAUCCCAGAGCCUCCUGUCAGACGCCAGCCGAGGACACCGGGGCACAGCCCCAACCUGUUUUCUAGAUUUGUGGCUUUAAAAACUGAUAGCAGGCACACUCUUUCUCCUCAGAACCAGGAUUUGAGGAGACAAAAGCUUCGUCCUCGCCUGCUGCCUGCAGAUGUGGCUUGUCUGCUGAGCGGGUGGAGAGACACUUGUACAGGUGUCACCCUGGAGGACGGCAGCCCAGUGCACGGUGAUCACUCUGCCACCCGCAGUGGUGUCUUCUGCUUCCUGCUGGGGGAGGCGGGCCCUGCAGAAGCUUGAGUCCCUCCCCUUUCGUCCCUGCCCUGUUCUUGCCCCGCCCCCCACCCCACCCCCAGUCCUCCUCACUCUGCCUCUGCUGCCUGGGAUGGUCCCUGUCCCCAGGGGUGAGCCAGGCUCCCGAGGCGGUUGAGUCCCACAGCUGUGGCCUGGGAGCCCGUGAGCCUUCGCCCUUGACAGAGUCUGUGUGGCUGAGGGCAGGAGGGAGCAGCUGCCGCCUCCCUUGCAGCACAGGUGGAGUGACAGAGACAGACUACGUAGCCUGGUCUGCACUAGCGGCCACUGCCCUUGGGUUGGCUCUGUCCCUUUUGAUGCCACUGACACCCUGCCCUUCAGUCAGUCCCCAGGGUGGACAGCUCAUCUGUAAAUGACAAAAGACUGCACAGACAGGCCUGGUCCUGGGGACCUGGAGGGGCUGGGCCUCUGCUUGCUGAGUGCUCAGUGGCUUCCAUUGCCAUGUAUACUUUGAAAUUCUAUUUAUAUUGUAAAGAGAAUAAAAAGAGCCCGACCUUGGGCCUAGAGGGAGAAGCUGGGCUACAGGGGUCUCAGGCUGUGUCCCUUGUGGGCUUGAAAUGGCUGCAGAUGGCCUUGCAUAUGCUUCUCACAGGGAGGCCUGGGUUUUACUUUGUGCAAAAAAGAAAACAAAAAAGAAAACCUCGCCCCCCCACUUUUCUCUCCACCCAGAUGAAGGACGCCAUAUUUUUGCCUCAGUCUCCAGGCUGUGGUUCAGCAUCAGUUAAAGCCCUUGACCUCUUCUAUUCCCACCUGGCCAUGGCUGUGUCCCCAGUUCCCACCAGGGCCAGACAGGCUCAGGGUGGAGGUCUCCUUGACAGAAUGAUGGGCACAUUGUGUCCGGUCUGGAUGUAGGGCUGUCAGGAGGUGGACACAUCCCCAAGGCAUCUCCGUCUCGCCACAGUGUCCACAGGAGUCUGGGCUCUCUGACUCCCCACUUGAUUCCCAGCAGUCCAGCUCCGUCUCCUCCCACACUCUCGAGGGUCACAGAUAAGCCUAGGGUCAGGCAGAUCCCAGCCUAUUGGAGGGAGGGGUAGGGACAGGGUGGGCCUGCUGUGGGCUUCAGGGGAGACUUGGGUUUGACCCAAGGGAGGAGGGUGGGAGCCUAGGGGCAGAUGACCCUUGUUUUCCAUUCCUCUUUGAAACAUAAAAUGGAUUUGGGACAGGCAAAAGCUCUGUCGAGGAAAGGGAAGGCAGCCAUGACAGGGAUAUCCAGGAUCCUGUGGGGAUGGGGCACUGUGCCAGGAGGGUUCAUCUAACCAUCUCUGACCCCGCCUGGCACAUCCUACUGAGCUCAAUCCGUGGCCUGCAGUCCUGGGCCAAAUCUAGCCCUAGACCUGUUUUUUGUCAAUAAAGUUUUAUUUGCACAUGG